AUGGCUGCAAAUCUUGAAGUUCCUGCAUUCAAGACAAUACAGGGUGAUGAUGAACAAAUUUUCUAUGUUGCUCAAAGAAGGCCAUUUUUUUACAGACAAGGCAUGGCCUUGGAAAACAUGAAAAGACACUCCCAUGACGAUGAGGAAGACUCCCAUGACAAUGAUGAUGGAAAUAGACUCAGACAUUCUUCUUUCAGUGAGGCCCAAGAAGAUAUGUUUGCAGUGAAGCAUGGUUUGAUAGAGGAGGAUUUUGUAGAAUUUAAAACAGAGGAUAAAGAAACAAGAAAUCUUUUGACACAAACACAAAUCUUUUAUUCAAAUUUAGAAAACCCAAUUACAUUGUUGCAGGAGCUUUUGGAUCCAAAUUCAUGGUCAAAUGGAUCCACAACAACAUUUAAUACAAUUCAUGAAGACAAAGAAGACAAAGAGGAGGAUGUUUCGAAAAUGGUGUAUGUGGAGGCUGUGGUGAAGGAGACCCUCCAUCGCCGCCUGCCGGGGCAUUUCAUUUUGGGGCAUGCAGUUAUAGAGGAAACCACUAUUGGUGGUUACGAUGUUCCCAUGAAUGCCUUGAUGAAUUUUAUUGCUUGGGAAGUGGAUAACGAUCCCCAAGUGUGGUAA